GAGCGCCAACUUGGACCGAUCCGACGAGGUCAGACCCUACAAGACGCGAUCAGCUCGCGCUCGGGAUGAGACGUCUAGCGAGGAAGAGGAAAUAUCAGAUUCCUCCAUCGAGCCAAGACAGAUCGAGGAGGACUUCAUGGAUGAGGACGUUCAGCCCAGCCCAGUCAAGAAGGCUAGAGUAGGAGCAGGAGCCUCCCAACCUGACUGUUUGCUGCUGGAAGCGUAUGACGAAGCAACACGGGCAUGGUAUGACGUACAGAUCCUCGAGCUGAGGAGAUCGAAAGCGAGAGUUCUGUUUGAGAAUGUUGAGCCCGUGGAAAAAACCUGGAUACCGAUACACUACCUUCGAGUGAGGUCUGACCCGUGCGAGAUGAACCUGACGAGGCCCCUGAGGGUGGGAGCCAAGGUCCUUGCGUUCAGGGUUCGCAAGGACGAUGCGCUAUAUUUCGAUGCUGUGAUUGAGAGGAUCAAGAGGAAAAAGGACAAGAUGGCCGCGGGCAAGGAGAAUCGUUGUAAGGCGGGCGCAAAGGCGGAAGAUAAUGAGGAUGAAGAGAUUCCGGUAGAUGGAAACAUGUACAAGGUGAAAUACCAAGACGGCCCUGUCAAGGGAAGAUCAGAAUGGCUCCUAGUGCACCAGUUGUUGAAAAGAAAUUUCUCACCUGUCAUCAACUACAGUAUCCUGUGCAAGCGCUUACCCGACACGCAUCACGUCUGUCUGCAUCCUUUGAUUUUUGUGGGGUUGUCCUUCCAGGUGAUUUCGGACGCUUCCAACGAUGAAUCUGAUUUCGACCUCUUCAAAGGGUGGAUGGCAGCCAAUACUGAGACCCUCCCCUCGACUGUCGCCAGGAAGCUGACAGCCAUCAGUCAUAGUGGUGACGAGCAGGUUUCGAAUCUCUUUGCAUGCCGCCUGGUGCAUGACGGGCUGCAGGUGGUCGACGAGAUCUUGUCGUUCAGGGUAGCAGAGAAAAAUCCGAAGAAGGGUGACGGCAAGGCUGAUGUCAAUGCUAGGGAGUACUUUGUGAUCUUGUGCAGAAGUGGAAUGACUGUAGCUAUCGUAAAGCUCAAUGGAUCGGUCGCAAGGCGGGUAACGAGGAUGAUUGCUCGUCUGAAGAAGUUUGCUGUUGGCGGACUGAACCAUGGCGAGGUUUUGUUGAUUGUCUUGUUGAGCAAGUACCUUGUCAAGUGGUGCGGAUGCAGCUAUGAAAAAUGCACGUGGGAGGACGAGUCAAGUCUUGACAGUCCUGGGGACAGGGAGAAGGUGAAGGAGUUCCAAGCGGCUCAAGCAAGAUACGUCAAGAGAUCGAAGCAGCAGAAGGGAUCAGAGAAGAAGCCUGUGACAGCUUACCAUGAGAUCUUUGAGAGCCCGUCGUAUCUCAACGGAGCCUUGCAUGACUAUCAGAUUAGGGGCUUGAACUGGUUGCGAAAGAAGAGGUUUGAUGGAGAGAACGUGAUCCUCGCCGACGAGAUGGGACUUGGAAAAACAAUUCAGAUCGCGUCACUGAUCGCAUCAGUCAUGGUGGAGGAGAAGAGAACUUGCGGCCCUUUCCUGAUCGUUGUUCCCCUCUCCACCAUCGCUAAUUGGAAGCGAGAAAUCCAGAAAUGGUGUCCCGACGUGAACUUCGCGGUCCUUCAUGACUCACAGAAAGGAAGACAAGUUAUGAUCGAUCAUGAGUUUGACCCGCUCAAACUCGGCGUCAUGCGGUUUGAGGUGUUGUGCACGAGCUACGAGGUUGCCGUGUCAGCUUUUUCAGCGCUGUCAAAGGUCCGGUGGGAUACUUUAAUCGUCGAUGAGGGCCACAGGCUGAAGAAUGACGAAUCCAUCUUGUAUGCGCAGCUUCAGAAGCUGCAGACCAAGAACAAGAUCCUGCUGACCGGCACUCCUUUGCAAAACAACUUGAACGAGCUUUUCAACCUCAUGAUCCGAAUGAUACACAAGUUGUUCGAGCCGUACAUUCUCCGACGCCUCAAAAAAGAUGUCAAGAUCCACCUGAAAGCCAAGGUAGAGAAGACUGUGCCGAUCAGUUUGACGGAUAUCCAAAAAACGUUCUAUGCAGCGAUCCUUGCCAAGAAUCUUGACGUCCUGAACGGGAGGAACAAAGACAACCGUCAUGUCUCUCUCAACAAUGUGUUGAUGGAACUCAGGAAGUGCUGCAACCAUGCAUACUUGUUCGACUCUGCCGUCAAACACCACAAGAACCCCGACGACACUCUAGCUCAUCUCGUCCAGGCGUCUGGGAAGUUUGAGCUGCUGCAUCUCCUCCUCCCCAAACUGAAGGAGAGAGGAAGCAAAGUCCUCAUAUUCUCUCAGUUCAAGAUCAUGCUCGAUAUCCUAGAGACCUAUCUUGAGCUGUUCAACAACCCUGAGAGUGAAUACUUCAUCUUCUUGCUAUCCACAAGAGCUGGAGGACAAGCGCUCAGUCGGGCUCAUAGGAUCGGGCAGAAGAAUAAUGUUCUGGUGUUGAGACUUGUGACGAUCAACACUGUUGAGGAGAAGGUCAUUUCGCAAGCGAGGAAGAAGCUGAUGCUUGAAAGUCUUGUGGUUGGAGCCAACCAAGAGUGCAAGUUCUCUCGCAAGGAGACGGAGCUCUGGCUCAUGUCCGUGCUCCUGCUCAUGGACUAUCAGGAAAUUCUCUUGUAUGGAGCGAAGCAGAUCGUAUCGGACGACCAGAAGCUCAAGUCUACCAAGUGCUCUCGAGUCCUGACGUCGGAGCUCCGAGCUCUAGAGUGCGAGACGGCCGAUGAUACGUCAAGGAGUCAGCGAGGAGCAUGCGGGCUGCCGGAGCCGGACCAGGCUAAGAAGCAGGCGUAUGCUAAGACGCAGCAAGUCGUCAGGGCGCUGGCGCGACAAGCAUCAGUCAAGUACUCAGACACAUUCGUCGACCAGCUCUUGCAGAUUGAGAAUACAGAGAAUGGAGAUUCGUUCGAAGACUACAACGAAAGCCUGAAGUUCGAUUUUGAGUCCCGGGACGGUCAGGACGAGGGCAAAGUCGAUGAACAGAUGGUUCAGAGUCGGAUGUAUUGGAACGAACUGCUCAAGGAUUAUGCGGAGCAGGAGAAGGAGGAUGACGUUCUAGGGAGAGGAAAGAGGAAAAGAAGUCACGUCUCCUACUGUGAGCAGCAGAUGUAA